AUGGCGACAUCAACACUUCCAUCGGCGCUCUCAUUCCCGCCCGCGACUUUCGCCAAACUAUCACCUGCUCCAUAUCUCCUCGCCCACCUCGACCCGACAUCCUCGUCCGCCUCGCCGACACGCCCCAGUGGCCGUUCUCCGCAACAAUGCCGGUCGCCCUCCGUCAACACCAGCUCCCUCACACAUGCCAAUGGUAGCGCCGUCGUCAGACUGGGAGACAGUGCUGUGGUCUGCGGUGUACGCGCCGAAGUCCUCCGCACAUCAGACAUCCCCCACCCCUACCGCGGCCCCGAGGACAGCAGACGCGAGAUCGAAGAGCUGGGUCUCUUGGUCCCCAACAUCGAACUCAGCACCGGCUGCUCGCCAGGGUUUCUCCCCGGAAACGCACCGGGGACUCUGGCACAAUCGCUGACGCAAAGACUGCUUUCGUUGCUGCAUUUGUCCAAGCUGGUCGAUGUUGAGGACUUGAAGGUCAAGUACCAACCACCAGAGACUGAAGACGACUCGCCGGAUGCGCCGCCACAACUGCAGACAAAAGCAUACUGGGUCUUGUAUAUCGACCUGCUGGUCAUCAGUCUGGAUGGAAACCCCUUCGAUGCCGCCUGGGGUGCUGUGUUAGCCGCUCUGUCCGACACAAAAGUGCCCAAGGCAUGGUGGGACGCCGAUCGCGAAGCCGUAAUCUGCUCCGACCAGCUGUCCGAUGCCAAAGCCCUCAGUCUCGGCGCCCUCCCUGCAUCCCUGACCUUCGCCGUCUUCACCACCGCCGCGCCCCAGAAGAAGCCUGAGGAUGCAAAGAACUGGGUUCUGGCUGACCCGGACGGUUUCGAGGAAGAACUCUGCGACGAGAGCAUCACGAUUGUGGCUACAGAAAAGUCCAUCCUGAGGAUUGAGAAGAGGGGUGGUGGAUUCGUGGGUAGGAGGGCCAUGAGAGAGCUGGUUGCUUAUACUCAGAGUAGACUUGGAGACUGGAAGCAAGCCUUGAGAUGA